AUGUCUGUAUUCAACUUGAAAUUGGCAUUUAUGCUUGUGGCUGCAUUGUUGUUGACAACUACAAUGGCUCAAUCUCCAGCUUCAUCUCCUACCAAAUCGAAGUCACCGAGAAAAGCGAUUUCUCCUUCACCAGCUGCCGUGACUCAACCGCCUGCUUCUUCUCCCGCCAACGGAGGUUCUUCUCCUGAACAAUCGGCGGUCUCUCCUUCUUCCAUCUCUGGUCCACCAUCUGAAGCACCAGGACCUGCUUCCACCGGCGUAGUUUUGAGCAGAGUCUCUGCGGCUGCUGGAUCUGCGCUUUUAAUCUGCGUAACUGCUUUGAUCAUGUAG